AUGGAUGAAGACAAAGUCAAUGAUGCUCAAGAGACUGAUAAGCUCUUGUCAAAGUCGGACGGCAAUGCUGCUGCUCCUAGUUCUUCGCUGGAUAACUCUUCUGGUAGCACGGAACUCGAUUUUCCAUACCCAGUUACCUUGUCGUGUGGGUUCAUGAACACCAACUUCUUCCGCGACAAUCUGGACUGGCUCGAUAAAGCGGUCAACUAG